AACGAAUCGGCUUUAAAUCAGAGAAGGAAGAAAAGGCGGUUUUCAGUCUGGCGGUCAAUUCGAAACGUUAACCAUCCAAAAUGAAAAUUGCAAUUGUCCUCUUUUCUCUUAUCGGUCUGGCCCUGUCGGGGGAAAUCGGCCAAAGGAUCUACCGGGAGAGCCAAGGCGGGACGGACACCGUCUGCCUCGAGUUCAAAUCAGCGAACAGGCCACCUUCCAGGAUAUGCGGAACGCCGCAAAGCGUCAACCGCGAGACGCUCUCUUCUGCCCAGGUGGAGGCAGGUCACAACGGAAGAUCCGUAGCUGAAAAGUUGACGCACACACCCACGAUCAACUUCGAAUCGCCGAACGGCAUCCCGAUGGGUUUAACAGGCUUGGCAUCUUUCAACGGUCAGAUGGCGUCCAUUCCAGCCCAGUUCACAGGAAGAAGCAUCUCGAGGGAAGACGGUAGGACGAUAUUUAUUCCUCCGUACGGAUUAAGACCGCAAAAUCCAUCUAUCCAAAGGUCUUCUGCAGGCGUUCCGAGGAUGAACAGCAACUGUAACGAAAACAGCGAAAACUCUCCUAUCGACGCGACGGCCAACAAAGAACAGAGGAUGUCAGAACAGAUGCCCCUUCAACUCGGCGACCCUUCGGCACAGAAUCUCCAGAUCGGAAAUGCUUACGGAUCUUUGUCCAGGGGAAUAUCGCCUUUCACAGCGGGCCUCACAGCACUUCACUUUCCCAACUUGUUUUACUCCAACUUGAACGAGAUGAUUAUGCGUCUUCACGAAGACACGAAGAAAAUGACGCAAGAGAGCAAUAGGAAAAUUCAACAACUCGAAGAAAUCAUACAAAACCAUUUGAGAACGGAAACCCCGACUGGAAGGGCGCCACUAUCCAAAGAAACCGUUUCCGAACAGAAUUUAAACAGAACUUUGUCAACAAUGCCAAAGAAAAUAAUUCGGACAGAUAACAAGCAGUGAACUGUUUUAUUUUGUGAACCGGUGACGCAGUAAACAUUUUUUAUACUUUUUGUAAAAAAA